UGUUAAUUUUAAUUAUUUCCGUCAAUCUUACUAUUUGAAUACUCUCCCAUUUGCCUCGCCUGUAUCUUGAUUUUAUUCAAUUUUUUUAUUUUUACAAUAAUGAUUAUUGCACUAAUAAUUUGGCUUAAUCGUGUUCUGAUUAUGAGCAAUGAAAGUAGUUUUUCUACAAUGUUUGAUUGGUUGAUUUUUUUAAGUGUAGGUUGAUGUGCAUCUAUCAAAUAAGCUCUGGACCAGAGCUGCUGUUCCUAGUGGUGCAUCCACUGCCGAACACUUCCAUUAUUGAUUAAGCUUUCAGUUCGUAAUUUAUGAAGCUCUUGAAUUGAGAGAUGGAGGGUCAGAUUACCUCGAGAAGGGUGUCCGAAGAUCAGACUAGUAUAUAUAACUUCAUGGUUCAACAACUUGAUGGAACUCAGAAUGAGUGGGGGUGGUGUAAACAGAAGCUUGGUGCAAAUGCCAUCCUGGCUGUAUCUCUUGCCGUGUGCAAAGUUGGAGCUGCUGUUCUUAAUAUUUCCCCGUACAAGUACAGCACGUUCCUAACCUGGCUGGUAACAAGAAGCUGGUAUUGCCUAUUCCUGCCUUCAAUGUCAUCAAUGGUGGAUCACACGCUGGGAAAAACUUGCUAUGUAGGGGCUUAUCAAGCUUCCUCUUUUAAAGAGGCCAUGAAGAUGGGUGUGGAGGUGUAUCACAAUCUGAAGGUUGUCAUUGGAAUGGAUGUUGCUGCAUCUGAGUUUUAUGGAUCAGAAAAGACUUACGAUUUGAACUUCAAAGAAGAGAACAAUAAUGGCUCACAAAAGAUCUCACGUGACCAGCUCAAAGAUCUGUACAAGCCAUUCAUAUUCGGGUACCCAAUUGUAUCCAUUGAAGAUCCAUUUGACCAAGAUGACUGGGAGCAUUAUGCCAAGCUUACUGGUGAAAUUGGUGCUGAAGUACAGAUUGUCGGAGAUGACCUUUUGGUCACCAAUCCCAAGAGAGUCAAAAAGGCAAUCAAGGAAAAGACCUGCAAUGCUCUUCCUCUUAAGGUUAACCAAAUUGGAUCGGUUACUGAGAGUAUUGAAGCUGUAAAAAUGUCUAAACGAGCUGGUUGGGGAGUAAUGGCAAGCCAUCACAGUGGAGAGACAGAGGACACUUUCAUUGCUGAUCUCUCUGUGGGUUUGGCUACAGGCCAAAUUAAGACUGGAGCUCCAUGCAGGUCAGAACGUCUUGCAAAAUACAACCAGCUCUUGCGAAUUGAAGAGGAACUUGGGUCUGAAGCUGUAUAUGCGGAGGCCAAGUUUCGUGUACCUGUCGAGCCCUAUUAGAUCCAAAUAAGUCGUGAGCUGAUGAUGCGUGUUUGCAAGAUGAAUUCUUACUUUUAGCAGAAUAAAUAAAUCUCGAUGUAGGGUGAUCCCAAGAUACAUGAGACGUGUUUUUCGGUAAUCAAAAUAGCUUUCUUCCGAACUCAGAAACAAUUGAAAUGACUGAUUAUGUCAUCUCAUUUUAUACUUGUUUUGUAACUAGGAAAAUGCAGUUUUUAAUAGAAAUCUAUCUGGUUAUUUGCGAACU